GCCUCUGUACUGGCCAUGCUGCAGAUGGCGGCUGCCGGGGAGAGCCGGAGUCAGAUCAAGGCAGCCAUGGAGUACGGGGUCCAUGAGCGGGGCAUCCCCCAGGCCCUGCGGUGGCUGCGCAAGGAGCUGACGGCCCCGAAGAACCAGGACAAGGUGGACGUUGCCGACGCGCUCUUCGUGCAGCGCGACCUGGGGCUGGCCCCCGGGUUCAUGAAGACGUUCGCCCGCGCCUUCCGCCAGACCGUCAAACAGGUCAACUUCACGGAGGGCGAGCGGGCUCGCUUCAUCAUCAACGACUGGGUCAAGGACAGCACCCACGGGAUGAUCAGUGACUUCCUGGGGCCGGGCACCGUGGACGACCUGACCCGCCUGGUGCUGGUGAACGCUGUGUAUUUCAAGGGGCUCUGGAAGCUGCCUUUCCCGGAGGCGGCCACGCGCCAGCGCAUCUUCCACAAGUCGGACGGGAGCAGCGUGGUGGUGCCCAUGAUGGAGCAGACGGCCAAGUUCAACUACGGCGAGUUCCUCACCCCGGACCGAGUGGACUACGACGUGGUGGAGCUGCCGUACCACGGGGACACGCUCAGCAUGCUCAUCGCCGCCCCCUACCGCCGAGAGGUGCCCCUGGCUGCCCUGACCCGGGUUCUCGACGCCCAGCUGGUGGGCAAGUGGAAGACGAACAUGACCCAAGUGCCCCGGCAGCUCGUGCUUCCCAAGUUCUCCCUGGAGAGCGAAUCCGACCUGCGCCAGCCCCUGCAGCAGCUGGGCGUGAGGGACGUCUUUAACCCCAGCGCCGCGGACUUCACCAGCCUGUCAGCCGAGGAGUCGCUGUACGUGGCCCAGGCCCUGCAGAAGGUGAAGAUUGAGGUGAAUGAGAGCGGCACCAAAGCCUCCUCUGCCCACAGUUCCUUUCUUCCAGCUGCCAUCGUCUACGCACGGAUGGCCCCCCUGGAGAUCAUCAUGGACCGGCCCUUCCUCUUCGUGGUGCGGCACAACCCCACAGGUGCCAUCCUCUUCAUGGGACAGGUGAUGGAGCCCUGA